UUCCACACUGUCUCUAUCAACAGAUUUCAUUCGCUAUUCGCUGUACAAACAAUUACGCACAUUGACGCCAAUCGCCAUCACACGAUCAAAAACCAGAUCAAUUCCACAAAACUCACCGAUCAUUUCACAAUUCUACACAGUUGUUGUUGUUGUUGUUAAAUGUCCGGCGGUUCAGUAGCGGCGACACCGGUUCCAGGUCACCGGACUACCGUUCGCGUUGCGGUGGUCGGUGAUCGCGGCACCGGUAAAUCGAGCCUGAUUGCGGCAGCAGCGUCCGAGAGUUUUCCUGAUAGCGUUUCUCCGGUUCUUCCUCCGACUCGUCUUCCGGCGGAUUAUUACCCGGAUGGCGUUCCGGUUACGAUCAUUGACACUGCGUCUAGCUUGGAAGGUAAAGCUAAGCUAGAGGAAGAGUUGAAGCGAGCUGAUGCGGUAGUGUUAACUUAUGCUUGUGAUAAGCCUGAAACGCUCAAUCGCCUUCAGACUUUCUGGAUUCCUGAAAUUCGUCGCCUAAAGGUAAAGGCACCAGUGAUUGUGGUUGGUUGCAAGCUAGAUUUGCGUGACGAGCACUUCCCAGUGAGUCUAGAGCGGGUGAUGGCUCCCAUAAUGCAGCAGUUUAGGGAGAUUGAAACUUGUAUAGAGUGUUCUGCAGCUAAUCUUGUCCAGGUACCUGAGGUGUUUUACUAUGCUCAAAAAGCAGUGCUUCAUCCAACGGCCCCCUUGUUCGAUCAAGAAUCUCAAACUUUAAAACCCCGAUGCAUAAGAGCAUUAAAAAGGAUAUUUAUUCUCUGUGACCAUGAUAUGGACAGUGCGCUAAAUGACAAGGAGUUGAAUGAAUUUCAGAUUAAGUGUUUCAAUGCUCCUUUACAACCUGCUGAAAUAGUGGGUGUUAAGAGAGUUGUGCAAGAGAGGGUUCCUGAAGGGGUCAACGAUCUUGGGCUUACACUAACUGGAUUCCUUUUUCUUCAUGCCCUAUUUAUUGAAAAAGGCCGCCUUGAGACCACAUGGGCUGUCUUGCGUAAAUUUGGUUACAAUGAUGACAUCGAACUCCGUAAAGAGAAUCUUCCUGUUCUGUCUAAAAAGGCUCCGGAUCAGAGUGUUGAGUUGACUAGUGAAGCUGUGGACUUCCUUAUAAGGAUUUUCAGUUUGUUUGAUUCUAACAAUGAUGGAGCGUUACAAGAUUCUGAGCUUGAUGAGCUGUUUUCGACUGCACCCGAAAGUCCUUGGGAUGAAGCUCCUUACAAGAACAGUGUGGAGAGAACUGAAUUUGGGGAUUUAAGACUUUCUGGUUUUCUCGCUCAGUGGGACCUAAUGACGUUACUUGACCCCUUAAAAAGUUUAGCCUAUCUGAUAUACCUGGGAUAUACCAAUGAUCCCACAACAGCGCUCCGUGUUACUAGGAAAAGAACCUUAGAUGCUAAAAAACAACAAUCAGACAGACACGUUUUCCAAUGCUUUGUUUUCGGGCCCAAAAAUGCUGGCAAGUCUUCCCUGUUAAGUUCGUUUGUGGGGAGGCCUUUUCAAAACACACAUGGUUUAACUGGCAAUCAGUCUUAUACAGUCAAUGCUGUUGAUCAGCUUCGGGGAACUAAGAAGACUCUUAUAUUGCAUGAAAUUCAAGAAGACGAUGUCAAACAGUUUUUAUCCAGUAAGGAUUCAUUGGCUGCCUGUGAUGUAGCGAUUUUUGUUUAUGAUAGUUCGGAUGAAUAUUCCUUAAAAAGAGCAUCGGCACUUCUUAUGGACGUAGCAAGGCGAGGUGAAGAUACCGGUUACGGCGUACCGUGUCUCUUCAUUGCGUUAAAGGACGACUUGGAUUCUUACCCAAUGGCAGUCAGAGAUUCAGAAGCAAUCUGCCGGGAAAUGAAAAUAGAUGCACCCAUCCGUAUCAGUAUAAAGAAACGAGAGAUGAACAAUAUCUUUUGGAGAAUUGUAAAUGCAGCUGAACGUUGUCAUUUGAGUGUCCCGGAAACUGAAUAUGGAAGAAACAUGAAGCAGUAUCGUCACCUUGUUAAUCGCUCCCUCGUGUUUGCUUCUGUCGGAGCUGCUGCAGCUGUAAUUGCAUUGGCAGCAUACCGAGCCUAUGCUUCAAGGAAGAGCCAUUCUACCAGUUAGGUCAAACGUAUUAGCAUCUUCCCUGAACUCGCGUAUUAUACGAUCCCAAAUAAAUGGUUGGUUGCUUGAUAUUAUUCCCGCCUUUUUUUAAACUACAUUUGUACAAAAGGAAAAAAGAAAAUUAGUCUCUAACCUCCAAGUAUAUUUAUCUUUGCAAUUUUCAUUACCGAUUUUUGUUAUUUAAAACAUCGUAGUUAUGUCUUCU